GUGCUAGAGCUGCCUUGCUCUGGCUGCAUGGCUGCGGGGCAUUAGGACCCGGAGGUUGCUGAGUGGAGGAGGCUGAAUCCCCCUCCCGCUGUCACCCUUGCUGCCUCUGCAGCUUUAUUCCUCAUCUCCUUCAAUGGUGACUGACUACCUCCCGCCCGGGCUGGCAGCCAGAGCGAGAAGGCCUUGCUAGGACUGGUUCCCAGGGCCGGUUCCCGGCGGCUCCAUGGCAUCUCCCAGGACUAUCACCAUCAUCGCCCUCUCAGUGGCCCUGGGGCUCUUCUUCGUCUUUAUGGGGACCAUCAAACUGACCCCUCGGCUCAGCAGAGAUGCCUACAAUGAGAUGAAACGAGCAUACAAAAGCUACGUGCGGGCCCUCCCCAUGCUAAAGAAGAUGGGAGUCAGCUCCAUCCUUCUCCGCAAGAGCAUUGGUGCCCUAGAAGUGGCAUGUGGCAUUGUCAUGACACUGGUGCCUGGUCGCCUCAAAGACGUGGCCAACUUUCUCCUCCUCCUCCUUGUGCUGGCUGUGCUUUUUUUCCACCAGCUAGUGGGGGAUCCACUCAAGCGUUAUGCCCAUGCCCUAGUCUUUGGGAUCCUGCUUACCUGUCGUCUGCUGAUUGCCCGCCAGCCUGAGGAGCAGCCACCAGAAAAAAGGAUCCUGUCAGUGAAUGGGGAUGAGCAGCCACUCAUCCAUGAAGCAGCUCCUGAGAAAGGCAAAAUGAAGGUAUCCUAGCUGAGUGCGUGUGAGAAAAUGGACCCUCGAGGCAGCUCUCUCCAAAAUCACCCAGAAAAUCUGUUUUUUAUUUACCUAUUUAUAUUUUUUGUCUGCCUAAAUAAAGUUGCACUUGGGGUCUGAGAGACACA